GUUCUUUUUUACUGCUGAGAGAUUACUUUUUAAUAUGUCAAAUAAUUCGAAUAAUUUGGUGGUAAAUUACGACGAAUCGCAGCAGUUAGGUAGUUGGUAUCCGUCGCUUCUUGGCUUAGCGGAAUAUUUUAGAACUUUGAAUCCGCCAAAUGUCAAAUUUUGUGUGCAAUGUCUGCAGGCAGUUUUUAACUUCAGUCCACCAGCAUUCAUCCAAGCACGGACUUACCUGCAGAUUGGGACCGUCCUGUCGAAGGGGACGAAAAAUAUUCAACUGUCCCUGUCACAUCUCGAUAGAGCGUGGACCAUAUCUCAAACAUGUCACUCUGCCGAUGACAUAAAGUUCGAAGCGGCCUGCCUGUCGGCUCAGCUGCUAUGCCAACAGGGCCAGCUGAUGGAGGCGAAGAAUUUUUUGAGGAGAGCCACGGAGCAGUCGCUGCACGCACCAUUCUGGCAUUCUAGGAUGUUGUUUCAACUGGCUCAACUCGAGAUGGAGGAGAACGACCACAAGGCGUCCACUCUGACUCUGUCGGCCGGGUUCGAAUACGCCACUCUUAGGGAGAGCCAGUACAUGAGGCUACUCUUCCUGCUUAGUAAAACCAUGGUGCAACUAAUAGACAGAAAGUUGUCGGAGGUCCAGCAGUCGUUGUCUCAGUGCCGAGUGAUCAUCGAGCAGUGGCAGCUAGCAGGCAAUCAGAUACACGUUAAAAAUCUUAUCGAGGUUUUUUUUCUCGUCAUCCAGGUGUCGCAGUACCUACUCGUCGGCCAGGUAAAGUCCGUGAAGCCAAUGCUGAAACAGCUUCAGCACACCAUACAAAACAUCACAACCACCUAUAACGAUGAAGAAAUCAUGAAAACACUAAACCCAAUCGAAUUAUUCCAUUGGCUACCGAAAGAGCAACUUUGUGUUCUGGUGUAUUUGGUGACCGUAAUGCAUUCCAUGCAGGCGGGCUAUACGGAUAAAGCCCAGAAAUACACUGAGAAAGCUCUGUUACAGAUAGACAAACUAAAAUCCUCAGCCAAUCCCACGGUGCUAUCUUUGCAGGCCAUGUUGUUGGAGCACAUCGUCAUGUGUGGGCUUAUAACUGGCCACAAGUCUGUAGCAUUACAGCAGAUCUUACAGCUAUGUAUGGUAUGUCAUUCAAAUUCCACGGUUUCAAAGAGACACAGUCCAUAUAUACACGUUCUUCUGGGCUUGUAUGCCAUGUCAAUUAACAGCAUGGAGCAAGCUGAGGCGCAGUUUAAAGUGGCUCUUGUGUCCCCGGACCCAGAGUUACAUAUGUUCGUAUCGUUAAAUAUGGGAUUAGUUUACUUACGUAUGAACAGACACAUUGAGUUGAAUGCAUUGCUAGAAUCCAUAGAAGCUGGGAGAAUUAACACUGUUUCUCAAUGCAUGAAAGCUUCUACCUUCUACAUACAAGGCCUUCAAGCAUUCUUCCAAUCUAAGCAUCAAGAAGCUAAGCGUUGUUUGAGAGAGGCCCUGAGACUGGCCAAUACCGAAGACUUAAACAGAUUGACUGCAUGCCUAUUGGUUCUUUUCGGUCACGUGCUUCUUUCAAUUGGCAACAAUCAGGAAGCCCUGAAUAUGAUAAGCCCCGCCCUACAGCUAGCCAAUAAAAUUCCAGAUUUGCAGGUCCAACUCUGGGCCACUGCCGUCCUGAAAGAUUUAUACCGCCAGCUCGGAAGUCCACAGUUAGAAGCCGAUAGCUUUCGACUUCACGAUUCUUACUCUCAGACGUUACUGGAGGAUCAUUUCCGAGCCACGCAAUCAGCUGAGCACCAAUUAGUCCACUGGACAGAAGGACCUUGCCCAUUUUUUGCCCCUCAGAACAGUUGAAAAUAAAGAGGAGAAAGAAAAAUAUUUUUUAAAUUAUUAUUAUUUGUUUAUUGUAUUAUUACAAUGGUAAUAUUAUUGUUUGCUUAUUGUCGUCGCGUCGUUGUUACUACUGUAAGCGGCAGAAGUAGUAGGGGCUGCAAUAUUGCCAUAGCGUUCUGAUUUAUUACUACUUACUGUUCAGUGUUUAUUUCUGUCUUUCUACUGGUUCACAAAAAGUUAUUAUUUUUUAUUACUAUUGUGGCUAUUUUUAUUAAUGUUUUCAUUAUUCUUGUCUAUUAUUAUUAAUUAUUCUAUUUAGAUUUCAGAAGUAUGAAUGAUUUUUUGUAUAGAAAGUUUAGAACAAGUGUCCCUUCCUAGGUUGGUUCGAUUUUAA